AUGGCUGCCAUCAAAAUGGUUUUUCCGAAGGAUCCUCGUUUGUGGGUGUAUCCUUUACUUGUUAUGUACUUUAUCCUGCUUUGGAUUGAGUUACAGAGCUUAAAUGAGGCAACGCACAUGGGGACCUUGGCAGGGACAUACCCAUCUGGGCGUUCAAGAAGUUUGUCCGAGUUGUCUCUCUUUUUAAAUGAUUUUUCACGCAGGGAGAACCAGCACAUGAAUGGGAAUCACCACAUUUCCAGAGAUAGCCACAGUAGCAAUAACCAGAAAAGUAACUCACACGGGGAGAUGCACACAUGGGGCAAAUGGUCUGAUACGAGUCUGCUUGACAGAUCCGAUGUGAAUCUACUUGGCAGGUCCGAUGAAAGUCUGUUUGACAGGUCCGAUGAAAGUCUAUUUGACAGGUCCGAUAUGGGGAAUGAUAGGGAGCCCUGCAUUCAGGAAUGUUAUGAAGGCUACCCUCAUCAAACUUAUAGAAGCCACCCCCAGCAAACUUAUGGAGGUUACCCUCAACAAAGUCAUGGAGCCCAUGCAAGGCAAUACAGUGGGACUGCUUACCCCAAUUGGAGGAAUCGUAUCCUAGACAAGUACAGACCAAUGCUCCCAUAUGGUUGCGCCAUCGAGGACAUUUCGAAGGACCUCACAGAUGAGUAUAUAUUGAACAUGCCCUACAAAUUCCUCUUUCAUUCUUGGCUUAGUAAAAGAAAGGCAUUUAUUUUAUAUUUUUACAAUGGGAUCUACUUAGAAAGGAAGUACUACGUCAUGGUGGACGACCUGAAUAGAUGGUUUUCGAGCGUAGCAGAAACCAAUAAUUUGCCACAUGAUUACAAGUUACAGUGGUGGGAAGAAUGCAACAAAGCGCUCCUACACGACUUGGAAUGUAUCCAAAAGACAUUUGACAAUUUAUUCCGCAACUUUGUUGCUAAAAGAAAAGGAAAAUAUAUAUGGACUAUACCAUUUGAAAAUCUACUACAUGGUUUUUACAAGUUAACAUAUGGAAGUGUUGUCCAAAAUAGGGUAAAGUGGAUUACUAUUUUGACCCAGAAGGUGAGAACCUACAGAGCGAGGGCAAACAGGAAGCACAUUACUUAA